AUGCCCGAGAGACGUCAAUCUCAUCCAAAAGCACCGACCGGUCUCAAUGAUGAGACGGCCGUGGAAACGCACGAUCUCAUUCAUAACGCCGAGGUAGAGGAACAAAAGAUGCACGGCAAAGACGCUCUGACUCAAGAGGACGUCGGUGUCGAAGACAGCGGCAACCAGAAGGGCGAGUCGGCAAUGGACAAGGUUAAAGGGGCGUUGAACUUGGGAAAAUAA